UGGGAAGCACAGCAGGGGGUUUUGUUGCGGUUAACAGUAAGCCACUUGAAAUAUAUGUAGACGCGUAUGGUCUGCGUUAAGAACGGCAGGCCCAAAAGAUGCCUUUCCGCUUCCUUUUCGGCAAUAUAUAGUUCCCGCAAUUCUUUGACAGUGAAGGAAGUACCAUACUCUGUAAAGUAUUGCUCUUUGGGCCUAUCUAUUUCAAGUGACUUAGCCAUAACAGGACCCCCUGCCGUACUUCGGAAAGCUUCAAAGUCAACUCCAAAGUCGUGCAUUCUGAAACACCCUGUAUAGUAGACAAAUGUAUAUUUUUUGAAAAUUGAAUUUAUUACUGAUGUAAAAUUGAAAAAUUUUCUUGUGAUAAGGCAGAAUAAUAAUUUUAUAGCAAAUAAAUUAAAUAUUUUAGCAUAACUUUUCGAACCCAUAUCAAGGAAAACAAAAAUUAUUCUUAAAGUUUUAUUAACUGAAGUAACGUACAAAACAAAAUUCAGAAUCUAUUAUUCCUUUGAAAAGUAGUGAUCAAAACAUUCUAUGAUAGAUCUAAUCUCAAUGAUGCGAAUUUAAUACGCCGACAGGUUUAAGGCCAUCACCAGACAGAAUAGAAUGAAUCGCGUUGUCACAUCGGUAAAAUGGUUUCGGGGGAGAGGAGUCGGUUGAAACAGAGAGCGAGAGAGAAAGGAAGAUAGGAGGGUAAAAAAAAAACAAAAAUAAAAUUGGACCGAACUAAAAGCGAUCAGAGAGAAGCAACAGUUGUGAUGUUCAUGUUUUGCCAACCGGUGGUAGUUAGACGUUUCGUUGUUAGCUUUUGUGAGGGGAUAGGAUCUCUAUUGGAAAUUUGUUAGACAUAAAAUUUGUAUGACUAUUGUAAUAAAAGAAUAGAGUGAAAUAAAAAAUAGGACUGAUUGUCAAUAAGUUUGGAUGAAAUUUGAAACAGUGUUCUAUAAGUGAUGUUAUUUUUAGUGUGGAAAUUAAAUGAAAAUGGAAUAUAAAUAUGGAUUUUGUAAUUGUUAAUUACCACAGCAAAUGGACACCAUAUAAUAUGUUAUACUAAUUAAAAAGAAUCGUAAUUAAAAAGUGAAAAUAUUCUUCGAAAAAUUGAGUAUGAAGUAUAUGUCGACAGUGGAUUCCUUCGUAGAGUUUUUUGUGAAUGGAAAAACUGAUUGUUCAUCCAAUGAAAUAUUAAAAGAUAGACAAUUUUUUGGAUAUGGUACUGUGACUAUUGAGACAAUUCAAAAUAGAAAGGAAAACGCGGCGAAAAUGAUUGAUCUUAUCACUGCGCUGUACUAUUCAUUACGUGAGUCGGAAAACGGGAAAGAAAUAUCCGUUGAGGUCUUCAAUACGUACUGCUGGAUACACAGUACUUAUUUCGUGACCGAUGCUAUGCUUGGUACUACUGGGAUAGAUGUUGCGGCAGCUGGAAUUGCGCCGUCCCGUGGAAAUCGUCGUCACCGUCAAGGGGACAACCCAUUUUCCGAACAGGAGUCGACCAAGAGCGUGAAAUACUACCAGUGGGUCGUGUUCGUCCUGAUAUUGCAAGUGAGUUGCGUAUUUUUUACUGCCUUAUAUUUAGACCGCGCGUCGAAUAAAUUAUGGAGGAAAGACACGAAGGACACGCUGAGAUCUUCGCUCCCAUCAACAACCCUUACCAUGUUAUCGGUUGUUAUUUAG